GUUGGCCUAUUAGCCGAUUGAUAAGCAAAGCAAACAUUUUUAAGCUUGAAAAAUGGAGUGUGUCGAGCGCAUGAAUUGCAUCGGAAGAUGUCCACAGGUUGAUCGAGCCAUGAUCAUUCCACAAGAAUUCGAGUGGAUUCCCAGCACGGUGUCCGGUGGACUUCCCCCGCUUGCCUUGUCGGUGGGUCAUGAACCUGAAGGAACGCCAAUUUACGUUGGCCGAGCAGACUACAACGGGUGCACGUUCCCGGUGAAGAUUGUACCGGAAAAACAAUCCGCCCAUAUGACGGUCGAUGGAGCGAAUAUUUUCGUGCGUGAUUUUGAGAUUUUGUGUGGUUCUGGUUUUCGCUGGAUUCGAAGCGCCAAAGGUCACAUUCCUAGCAAUGCUGUAUCGUGUCAGAAGUCAUCGGAGGGCACCGCACUGUAUAUUGGCCGGGUACAUCAUGGAGAAGGGCUAAUCCCGGGCAGGAUUGAUCCAGCCGAAGGAUGUUUGUUCAUCUCUACUGAAAAAGGGGUGACGAGCUACAUUUCGGACGAUGUUUUAGUUCACGAUCAUCAGUCAAUAGUUGGUUCGCAACGAAUUGAUGAUCGAGGUCAGUGGGUACAGGCAGCUAGUAACGGACCUGUUCCUGCCGGUGCUGUCCGAGCCGGUCAUGACAGUGACGGAACAGUGAUUUACGUGGGACGCAUGAAUCAUGAGGGGAACACGAUUCCGGCGAAAAUUAUUCCGGAAAAGAAAAUGGCUCAUACACAGCACGAUGGGCAGGAAAUUGGGAAGUCACACUAUGAAGCGUUGUGCAGUGCUCAAGUAUCGUGGGUUCCGUUUCGGGGAAGAAUUCCGAAAGAAGCUGUGAGCUGUGGACGGUUGACGAAUGGAGGGCAUGUAUUCAUUGGUAGAGGAAGCUAUAUGGGAAGCCUGACGCCCGGAAAAGUUUUACAGUCUUCGAAGAUGCUUUACAUCCCUUUCGGGUGGAAUGAGGUGGAAAUUGACGAGUUUGAAAUUUUAAUCUACAAUCGUAAUAAAGGGAAUGAUCAGCUAAAUGAAGAGUUAUCUGUUAAAAAGUUAACCUGGCUACCGCGUAAAAACUACCAAGACCCACCCGAGGGAGCCGUCCUGGCCGGGUACGACAGUGACCGGUCGCCGAUCUACGUGGGACGGGUGAUGUACGAAGGGAACCAACUUCCGGCCAAGGUGAUACCCCGCAAGCAGCUCUGCUACAGCCAGUACAAUGGCGAGGAGAUCGAGAUGAUUUCGUACGAAGCCCUUUGCCACGGGAAUGUUGAGUGGGUACGAUUCCGAGGAACCAUUCCAGCGAAUGCCGUGGUGUGUGGUCGGUUGAUUUCCGGUGAAGUUGUUCACAUAGGCAGAGGUAGUCACUUGGGAAGUUUGACGUCGGGACGGGUACUGUCCGGCGAGAAGGUUCUGUACAUACCGUUUGGUUGGAAUGAAAUUCGCAUCACCGAUUUCGAGAUAUUGAUUGAUAAUGACUUUAAAGUUUUGAACAGGAAUCUAAAUUGGAUCCACACGAAACGGGAACAACCAGCUCCGAAGGGGGCCAUCCUUGCCGGGAAGGACUUCAACGGGUGUCCAAUCUACGUUGGACGUGUUCAGCACGAUGGCAAUCGCUUCGUGGGGAAAGUCAUCCCCAGCAGAGAGAUCUGCGAUACGACCGAUGAAGGGGGCAAAGUUAUUCCCAAACUAUCGUACGAGGCACUGUGCGAUGCCGAGGUUGGGUGGGUGAAGUUUGAGGGAUCGAUUCCAACGGAAGCCGUAGAGUGUGGCCGGGAUCGGCACGGAGGGAAGGUUUUCAUCGGAAGGUGCCACUGCCGGACGGGGAUUAUUCCGGGGACGGUGCUGGAGGCGGAGAAGAAGUUGCGAUUUGUCAAGGGGACUGAGAUGAAUGUGGAAGCGGAGUUUGAGAUUCUUGUUUAUAGUUUUUUGAAUACGAGAUACAACUGGAUGCCAUGGUCGGCGCAUCAGGGCAACCCCCCGGCCGGAGUGUACGCCGGCAACGACCAGGACGGUUCGCCGAUCUUCGUGGGCCGUGCCUUCCACGAGGGAGACCAACUUCCGGCCAAGGUCCUCCCGAGCAAGCAGGCGGCGUACGUGUCCCACAACGGAUGCGAAAUUUUCAAGUCACACUUUGAGGUAUUAAGUGGCACGGGAUUCACCUGGGUGCACAGCAGCAACGGACAUGUCCCGGCUGGGGCGGUGUUGUGCGGUAAUACGACCACCGGGGAGCCGCUGUACAUUGGGCGUGCCCAUCACGAGGGCAGUUUGACGCCGGGAAAGAUCCACCGCAGCCACGGAUGUCUGUACAUUCCGUUUGGAGGGGCCGAGCAGAGCAUUUUGCACUACGAGGUGCUGGUGGGACAGCAGCGAUCCAACUGGUCACACUGCUCGGCCGGUGCUCCCCUGCCGCCGGGCGCCAUCCUGGCCGGCCACGAUGCCGACAGCGCGCCGAUCUACGUGGGCCGCUGCUACCACGAGGGUGACCAGCUGCCGGCCAAGGUGAUCCCGAGCAAACAGGUCGCGUACGUGUGCUUCAACGGGCAGGAAAUUCCCAAGUACUCGUACGAGGUGCUGUGCAACGGAAACGUCAGCUGGGUUCCGUCCGGCUUUGGGACCGUUCCGCCGAACGCCGUGCUCGGGGGUCGCACCUCCAGCGGUGAGGUGCUGUACGUUGGCCGGGCGCACUAUAUGGGCAGCUUGACGCCGGGCAAGGUUCACCCGAGCCACCAGACGCUGUACAUCCCGUACGGAGGCAGUGAGGUCGCGAUGAAGAACUACGAGGUGCUGGUCGAAAACUGAGUGUAUUUUUGUUGAAACCUUUUGUCAAAACCAAAUCACACCAAAACACACAUUUAGACUUCAAUAAAAGAGCUUAAAAGUUGCAA